AUGCCUUCGUUCUCGUACCAGUCCGAAGAAUCCGAUCACCGAAACACAAACCUAAUAGCCAUUGUUGCUGCAAAACAUGAAUCUCAUGUUCAAGCAACCGUGGUCUGCGCAAAGUCCAACGGAAUCCAGAUCCGAAUCCGAAGCGGCGGUCACGACUACGAAGGUCUUUCUUACAUCUCAUCCGUGCCGUUUGUCAUUCUCGACAUGCACAAUCUCCGGUCUAUAACCGUUGACGUGUCCAAAAAGAAAGCUUGGGUUCAAGCUGGUGCGACAAUGGGAGAGCUCUACACUGAAAUCGCUAAAGCGAGCAAAACGCUAGCGUUUCCCGCUGGCGUUUGCGCUACGUUAGGAGCGGGAGGACACAUCAGCGGCGGAGGAUACGGAAAUCUGAUUAGAAAAUACGGAAAUUCGGUUGAUCAUGUAGUUGAUGCUCAACUAGUUGAUGUCAACGGAAAGAUCUUGAACAGAGCCUCUAUGGGAGAAGAUCUGUUUUGGGCAAUUCGAGGCGGUGGCGGUGCAAGCUUCGGUGUUAUCCUCGCUUGGAAAAUCAAACUUGUCUCGGUCCCUGAGAUCUUGACAGUGUUUAAGGUUGACAAAAAAUUAGAACAAGGAGCCAUUGAUGUUCUUUACAAGUGGCAGCUUGUCUCUAGCAAAUUCCCUGAAAAGCUUUUCUUGCGAGCAAAGUCACUAGUCAGAAAUGGAACCAUCACGGUAAAGUUCUUCGCGCAGUUCUUAGGGCCAGCGGAGAAACUAAUGGCGAUUGUAAACAAGAAAUUGCCUGAGUUAUGGCUAAGACGUGAAGAUUGCUAUGAAAUGAGCUGGCUUAAUACGACGAUAUUUUGGAUGGAUCUUCCGAACAGAACACCGAGCGUUCUUCUGAAACAAACCUCGGGUCCGCCAGAAACAUUCUACAAGAGCAAAUCCGAUUACGUCAAGAAACCGAUCCCAAAAGAAGGAAUCAAGAAGAUUUGGAAAACAAUGUUGAAGUUCAAGAGUGUGUAUGUGCAAUGGAACCCUUACGGUGGAGUGAUGGACCGGAUUCCGGCGAAUGCCACCGCGUUUCCUCACCGGAAAGGAAACUUAUUCAAGGUUCAGUACUUUGCGGUAUGGGAAGAUGCAAAAGCCACAGAUGUUAACUUAGGUUUGAUGAAAGAACUUUAUGAUGUUGCAGAGCCGUACGUGUCAAGUAAUCCGAGAGAGGCGUUCUUGAAUUACAGAGACAUUGAUGUUGGAAGCAAUCCUAGUGGAGAGACAAAUCUUGAAGAAGCUAAGAUCUAUGGAUCGAAGUUUUUCUUGGGGAAUCUAAAGAGAUUGAUGGAUGUUAAAGCUAAAUAUGAUCCUGAUAAUUUCUUCAGGUACGAGCAAAGUAUUCCUCCUCUUCGCGCAAUGUAA